AUGACAGUCUUUCGUUGGAACGGCGACAACGACUCGGAAGGCUUGAUGGAGAUUUGGGUACCACGACGGUCCAGCACAAGGGCGAAAUUUCCGGCCAUGCUCGACGGUUUGGUUGGCGGAGGAUUGGCUACUGGGGAGACACCGUGGACGUGUCUGAUCCGGGAGAGUGAGGAGGAAGCAUCGCUAGGCGAGGAACUCGUCAAAACCGCUAAAGAAGCUGGCACUGUGACAUACUUCUACAUUUCGGGCGAGGGAUCUGGCGGCGAGAUCGGCUUACCCCAACCCGAGUGCUCGUACGUAUUCGAUCUAGACCUGACCGGUUCGCCGCCAGACGUCCUAAUUUCAAACGACGGCUCGGUAGAGGCCUUUGAGCUGUUGACAGUGACGGAGGUUAAGCAGGCGUUGUCCCGUAACGAGUUCAAGCCGAACUGCGCACUAGUGAUGCUGGACUUCCUAAUCCGUCAUGGACAGCUCACGGCAGAGGACGAGCCAGACUAUAAAGAGAUCUACAGCAAAUAG